GAGUACGGAUCGCCACAACUAACCCCGGGGCUGGGGGCGCGGAUCCAGAGCGGGGCGCGCGAAGCUGGAGCCGGGAGAACCCAUCUGCGUGGACCGUGCGGGGCGGGAACCGGGCUGGAGACGAAUUCUGCAGACACCUGCUGGCCCUCCCUGCCGAUCGGUGCACACAUAGUGGCACGCAGGCCCCCGCCCGGGCCCAGACCCCUCCCGGGCCCUCCAUGGCCCGGGCCGCAGUCCUCCCACCGUCCAGACUGUCGCCAACACUGCUGUUGAGGUCAUUGCUGCUGCUGCUGCUGCUGCUCCGGGAAACAGGUGCCCAGGAUGUCCAGGUGCAGGUGCUGCCCGAGGUGCGCGCUCUCCUGGGCGGCACAGUGGAGCUGCCCUGCCACCUUCUAUCACACAGCCCCGGCGUCCGCAUCACCCAGGUCACCUGGCAGCUCCUCAACUCCGCGGUGGCUGCCUUCCACCCCUCCUAUGGCGUCCACUUCCCCAACCCGCAGUCCACCAAGGACCGCCUGUCCUUCGUCAGAGCCGGGGAUGACGCGCAAUCGGACCUGCGCGAUGCCACGCUGGUCAUCCAGGGACUGAAGGUGGAGGACGAGGGCAACUACACCUGCGAGUUCGCCACCUUCCCCAAUGGCACUCGCCGGGGUGUCACCUGGCUCCGGGUCCUAGCUCUGCCCAAGAAUCACGCCGAAGCCCAAGAGGUCACCCUCAGCCUGGAGCCUAUGCCUGUGGCCCGCUGUGUGUCCACGGGCGGCCGCCCACCUGCCCAGAUCAGCUGGAUCUCCACCCUGGAAGGUGGAGAGGCCAAAGAGAGCCAGGCGCCGGGGCCAUACCUGGGCACCGUCACCGUCACCAGCCGCUACACCCUGGUGCCCUCGGGGCAGACGGAUGGUGCGAAGAUCACAUGCAGAGUGGAGCACGAAUGCUAUGACAAGCCGGUCCUGCUGCCUGUCACACUGGCUGUACGCUACCCCCCUGAGGUUUCCAUCUCCGGGUAUGACGACAACUGGUACUUGGGCCGCACCGAGGCCACCCUGACGUGCAGCGCUCGCAGCAACCCCGAGCCCACGGGCUACGACUGGAGCACGGUCUCGGGCGUGUUCCCCACCUCUGCCGUGGUCCAGGGCCCCCGGCUGCUCGUGCACUCGGUGGACCGAGAGGUCAACACCACCUUCAUCUGCACCGUCACCAACGCUGUAGGCACUGGGCGGGCCGAGCAGCUCAUCGUGCUCAGAGAGACACCCAACACGGCAGGUGCAGGGGCCACGGGGGGCAUCAUCGGAGGGAUGAUUGCAGCCAUCAUUGCGACCGCAGUGGCAGUCACCGGCAUCCUCAUCUGCAGGCAGCAGCGGAAGGAGCAGAGGCUGCAGGGGACAGAAGAGGAGGAGGACCUGGAAGCUCCUCCGUCCUACAAGCCUCCAACCCCGAAGGCCAAGCUAGAGGAGGCUGAGAUGCCCUCCCAGCUCUUCACCCUGGGGGCCUCUGAGCACAGCCCACUCAAGACCCCUUAUUUCGACGCAGGUGGCUCAGGACCUGAGCAGGAAAUGCCUCGGUAUCAUGAGCUGCCCACCUUGGAAGAGCGGCCAGGGCACAUGCUAUUAGGGGCCACAAGCAUGGCGCCCCCCAUCCUGGUACCUCCAGCACCACCAGCUAUAGAUGGAGUUUCCUUAGAUCUAGAAGAUGAGGAUGAUGAGGAGGAGGACGAAGACUACUUGGACAAGAUCAACCCCAUCUAUGAUGCCCUGACCUACCCCAGCCCUUCUGAUUCCUACCAGGGCAAAGGUUUCAUUGUGUCCCGGGCCAUGUAUGUGUGAGCUGCAUGCAUGGCUUUGCCCUCUCCCCUCUCAUCUUUGAUCUCUUAGCUUUCUGUUAGGGGUCUAGUGGCCCUUAACCUCCAGCCAAGCCACGUCACUUAACACACUUCCAACUUAGUGGGUUCCACUAUGACCUCUGCCCCAGAGAAACCUGCUGGGACAUGGCAGUGGAAAGCUGGUGAUUUUAUCUCAUGUGGCCGGGGGUGGGGGUAGCAAGGUUGUGUCUGAGCACCAUCUCUGUCCCCAAGAAUUCCUGAUUGUGUGACCCUUACACCAUACCACUCACCUCCCUUACACCCACAACUCCAGACCUCUCAUUCCUUCUCAGGCAGUAAUGGCCGCUGGGUCGGCAAGCACUGGGCAUUAAGAGCUCCCUGCUGCUCAGACUUGAGCCCUCCAGGCAGCAGAGCUCCACCUGCCCUCCUUUACCCUGGCUCCCCAAAGUAGGAGGGAGACUUCCCCAUUCCAAGGAGUUAUAUGCCCAUCUCCCUCCUCCUGCAAGGAGUCUCUGAUCCUUCCCUGAGCCCUGAGCCCCUAUCAUCCCAAUUACCAGUGCUUCCCAGUGCUAGAAGGGGUCAGCCUUGUGGAGCUGGUAUUUUGGCAGUCGUAGCUUUGGGAGAAACUUGCUGAAAUCUUGACUACUGAUGCCUUUUACUUUUGCCUAGUGGCAUAAGACCUAAACAUCCCUCUUUGGCAGGGCAAACAUGGGCCACCUGGGUUAGGUGAUAUGAUAUUGUUUUGUAAGCUAGUAUUUCCUACAAAAGAAUUUAUACUUUGAUCAGGUGUUGUGUUUUCUGUGGGAAGU